AGUUCACCAUUGGCAACGAUCGGCAGCGGUUAGGUCGUUGGUUGGUUGGGUCGGUUGGGUUGCAUCGUUGCAUUCGCAGUCGUUAUGGCAGCGCCUCAAAGCACGCGUGAGAGGCUGCUCACACUCGUCGACGAUAUCGAGAUAAUUGCCAAGGAACUGUUUGAGAACAUCAUCGCUCCAAGAUCGCAGAGGCUGACGUCCUCAGAACACGCCCAGCUCGCAGAGUUGUUGGUCGCAAAGGACGAGGAACUGAAGCAGACGCUAGUUGUCGCCGAACAGCAGGCCGAGGUCCAGAAAACAAUCAACGCCCUCCAGGAAGAGGUGGAAAAACAAGACCAUGACAUUCACUUGCUCCAGUGGCACCUCAAAGAAGCCGAACACCUGCUGUCCACAGCCAUCUACCAGGCCAAGCAGAAACUUCAGAGCAUCGAGAAAGCGAAUGCCCGAUGCGUCUCGUCCGAGGAACUCAUUAAAUAUGCUCAUCGGAUCAGCGCCAGCAAUGCCGUAGCUGCCCCUCACAACUGGCAACAAGGGGACCAGCGGAGGCCGUACCCGACCGACAUCGAGAUGCGGCAGGGUUACUUGGGUCGUCUGAGCGACCUGCCCCUCUCAGGGCCCCCGCUGCAGCAACAGGGCAACCUCGGAGAUCUGAGUGCUGCACGCGGUCACCACGACCAAAACCCACUUGGGCAGUCCUUCUCGUGGCAGAUUGGAGGGGACAUCAAGCCCCCCAUGUCCAGCAACCACAACUCGGUGGGCAUGGACACCAAGGCCAAGGAGAACGAGGACGUUGAGGUCAUGUCCACAGACUCCUCGAGCAGUUCGUCCAGUGACAGCCAGUGAAACCAUCACCCUUCUUGUACAUAGCAUGCCGGAUAAUACAGCUUUCUGUAUAGCUGUAAAACAUUGAA